AACGGUCCAACGGCUCGGUCCUGUCACAAGAUGUGCAUCGACAUCCAGCGAAGGCAGAUCUACACCUUGGGGCGUUACCUGGAUUCCUCUGUGAGGAACAGCAAAUCCCUGAAAAGCGACUUCUACCGCUACGACAUCGACACGAACACCUGGAUGUUGCUGAGCGAAGACACGGCCGCUGACGGAGGCCCCAAGCUUGUGUUCGACCAUCAGAUGUGCAUGGAUUCAGAGAAACACAUGAUCUACACCUUCGGGGGAAGGAUUUUGACCUGCAACGGCAGUGUGGACGACAGCCGAGCCAGUGAACCGCAAUUCAGCGGCCUCUUUGCUUUUGACUGUCAGUGCCGGAUAUGGAAACUCUUGCGAGAAGAUUCGUGUAAUGCUGGACCUGAAGACGUCCAAUCCAGAAUAGGACACUGCAUGUUAUUUCAUUCGAAAAACCGUUGCCUGUAUAUGUUCGGCGGACAAAGGUCGAAAACAUACUUGAACGAUUUUUUCAGUUACGACGUAGACAGCGACCACGUGGAUAUCAUCUCGGAUGGCACCAAAAAGGAUUCGGGGAUGGUUCCAAUGACUGGCUUCACUCAAAGAGCUACCAUUGAUCCGGAACUUAACGAGAUCCAUGUGCUGUCUGGACUGAGCAAAGACAAGGAAAAACGGGAAGAGAACGUUCGGAAUUCCUUCUGGAUUUACGACAUCGUCCGAAACAGCUG